GUAUCACCUCGCACCGGCGAAGAGUCGCUCCGUUGAAAGCGAAAGUACACCUGUGAAAGCAGCUUGCUGUCACCCAUAUUAUUGCAAAGGACUGGUUCCAUAGAAAUGGCGUGUAACAAAGGUAAUGCCCCUGGUCGAUGUUUGAAGCAUCAUCCGUCAUGGCGAGGCCGUAUUCAAUGGCUUAUGAACAGUCUCCGCGAUGCCAUCAUUCCUGUCAAGUAUUUAGGUCGCUUUAAUCACCUACUGUGCACAUGUGACGAGAGUGCUAAUGAAAUCGACAACCCAUGGGAGACAGUUACAGAUGAGAUGUUUGCAGAGUCUGUGACCUUCAUUGACGGCCACAUUAACCAGAACCCUGACAACCCCCACAACCAAUGCCUUCGAAAAUUGAUGACUUGGCUCAGACAGGACAAAGAAAUCAACCCUGAACUCACUGUGGGAGCUCAGCCUGUACCUCGAUCCAGUGCUCUGCGAAUGUUGUACCUUCUACAGCGUACAAUUGGUCGUGACUUCUCUGUUUACAUUUCACGCCGUCAAAGCAUGCAAGCCCCACGAGUACCGAAAAGGGUUCAGAUGACCCUUACAGUGGAGCUUGAAGGUAUCCGAGAAGACAUGAUAGGUCACAUUAUCGGUUGGAGGGGAGACAACCUGAUGCCACUGCAGAGGCGUCUCCAGUGUGGAAUAACGCUCGAGUCUCGCAAGAUCGGGGAAGUGCAGAAAGUGUAUGCGAAGAUCGUAAAGAGGGCUGAACAAAUGAGUGAACUCGAAGAAGUCAGGGAGGAGCUACAGCAGCUGGCAAAUGAAACACAGGGGCAGCAGGAAAACUACACUGGCGGAGGAAAUAUGGACUUUUCUGACGACGACUCCUAUGGAAGUGUUGGAAGCAAUAUGGAAGAAUCGGGUGAUCAACCUGCAGGGAUUGGCAGCCUCAAUUUGAACCCUCCAGCAGCCAAUGAGAAUGCAGCAAGCACAUCAUCAGCCAAUCAGAGUGCAGAACCUGGUGGAGAUGCCCAACCCAGUGGAUCUGGUUCGGCCAAUCAAAAUGGAAGUCUGGAUGCUGCAACUGAUCAAAGCUCUGGCCUAAAUAUAGCAACCAAUCAGGCCACUGGUUCUGAAGCUAGUGAGCGUCCAUCAGUCUGCCUCGUUCAUGAUCGGCGCUGGUCUGCAACAUUCCAGUUUAUGUUGACGCGCUGCUAUAACCAGAUACAGCUCACGAGAAAAGAUGGUCGACCGUUCUGGAAAUUUAUUUGCGUCUGUGAGGAGAAACACCCUGAUGUACGACUCUACUAUCCAAACAACACUGUGGACUUGGCUAUGGAGAAGUUCCGUCAUGAUCUGUCUGAAUGGCCUCGCGAAACACACCUGGUCAUUCAGCCUAUCAUUAACCAGAUUGAUAAAAAGGAAAAUGCAGAUGUGUGGUGCAGCCUUUUCAAGUUUUCUUUUGCAUACGAGGCUGUGAGUGCAAAGAUGACUCAUAGGCUUGAUCAAGAUUAUAAGCUUCCUGGGACAGAUUAUGUCUAUAGAUUGGAAAACCAGUCAGCUGCAGGUGGGACCCAGUCUGGAGGACUUAGCCAGAUGAUAAAUGGAGGGGCUAGUUCACCAGGGGCGUCUGCAUCUUCAAGUGGUACAGGGCUCAGUGCAACUGCUGGGGCCUCAGGGAUAGGGGCUGGCUCUAGUGUAGGGGUCAGCAGGUUUGUCCCUAUGGAAACAUCAGCGUCAUCGUCUGCCACUAGCCAGUCCGGCAAUAGUCCAAAAAAGCUAAAAUCUCUUAAGCGGGUGAGUCCAGAAGAGUGGGAUUCAGACUGCUUUUUUCAUGGACCUAAGAAGAAGUCACGUUUCCAGUGCAUUGUGAAUUAUCUUCACAGCCAGUCUAGGCUAUCGACAGCUCUGAACAUCCCGUUUUCCCACGCUGUGUGUCUGUGUAAGGAGGAAGUUGUUGUUUCAGACCAGCAGGAUUUCUACCCAGAUGAGGCGGCACUAAGAGGGGACUGUAUUUUCAUGCGGGAUAAACUGAAGGUCGUCAGGGGAGACAAUCGAGCCACAUUUGUACCGUUUGUCAAGCUUCUGGAUGAUUAUAUCGAGAAUCAACAGAUCACGAACGGCUUUAUGAAGCUUGUUUACCAUUUCAACCAAGUUUUCAAGGGCAAUCUGCAGUACUACAAUGAGCUUCAGGACUUGGCGAAAAAGCAACAAUUUCAGAACUAGAUGGUAGAGGUGGCGUUUGGGACAUUUUUGUUUUAGCUAAAGCCUGUUUGUAGAGUGGAUUGAUAUUAAUGUAUGGGUGUUACUUUUGAUUUUAACUCUGUGUAUACAUAUAUUGUUUUAUUCAAGAAGAUGUUAUUUGUACCUUUGCAUUGACUUUGACAUUGUAUUGACUUUUUUUGAGCUUGUCUGUUUUUGGAAGAAAAUAAUCGAGGUAUUGUAAUAGUGUCGUUGUGGCGUAAAACCUUUAACUAUGGCCAUAACUAAAAACAUGUUCCAGAUAUACAAAGCAAACCUGGUGCACAUGUUGCCAGUGACAAUAUGUCAAUAUAUGACAUGUAUGACAAGGCCCACAACUCUGACUUUAAUAAUUGCUGAAUUAUGCUUAUUUUUUAACAAAACAAAAUAGUAUAAACAUAACUUUUGGCCAUAACUAUAAAACCAUUUAAGAUAUUGAAAUGAAAGUUAGGACACAUCUUGACAGCUGCAAUACACUCACAUACAGCAAGGGCCUUAACUCUGACUGUAAUAAUUGUCAAGUUAUGUCCGUUUUUCAACAAGAAAAAAACAACAGACAAGCCUUUGCUUUGCUGCACUUCUUCUAGAUAUCUGAUGAAUAUUUUUUUCAUCAAUUAAAUAUAUGAAUUAAAUAAGUUCUCAUAAGAUUGUAUUGAAUUAAGAAGGUUUAAAAGUAGUAGUACCAUAAAGCAGGUUAUUAAAUGAAGAUGUAAAAAUAAGUUUUUUUUAGUAGAACCUUACCCUGUCAUGUUGACAUACAAAAAGCAAUAAUGCAAUUAGCACAUAUAUAAAAGCUAGAAUAGUAAAUAAAAACAUGCAAAAUAUCUGUAUUUGGUUAACAAAUUACAGCUCAUGUCUUACUUACACACAUAUUGAAGCAAUAUGCCAUGGAAUUUUUCUAUUUCUGCACGGAACAAAAACUGCAUUAAACUUCCACGGCAAACAUUAAAGGGGUUAAAGCAUAAAAAUAUGGCCAUAUACACCCAUGUCGUAAGGAAAUAAGUGCAAAAACUUGAUAAUGAUUUCGCUAAAAUAUGUCCAAGAAAUGGUAUAUUUUGACUUAAAACAAGUCAGGAAGUCAGGCAAUUUUCUAUUUUCUUUGUAAACAAUGUUUCAGCUUAUGCAUUCAAUAACUUUUUUGUUAAUCCCUCAAGAAACAUAGGUUUAAAAACUAGAGAAGCUUACAAUUCUGGCCUCAGGGUAGGCGUAUUUAUGUUACGAUAAAAGUGAUAAAAACCUACUUAUCAGGUCAAAACAUCCUACGAAAAUACCGAAAGAGACUACUAUGUUCUUCCCCACUGAACAUGUUCCUCACAUUUCCCAAAACAUAAUUUAUGUUGAACCCCCUGAGACAGGCAAAAAAAGCAUGUGUAUUCUUAAACAUGAUAAUAGAAAAAAAGAACAUUUCAUAAUUGUAAAGCCACAUUUUUUUAUUUCAUGUAUUAAAAAAGAAACGGACCAAUUUUUUACUGAUUUAUAGAUGUUUUGGGUAUUGUUUUUUCAUUUUUAUUUUUUUUUAUUCUUUAAAAAUGUGCUUAUUAUUAUUAUUAUGAAUUUCUAAAUAUAAAUGUAUUAGUGUGUUUAAUUAUAAAUACAUUUCUCUGAUAUAUUUUAUGAUCCUGGCUUAGAUUGUCAUGAUUUUCCAGAAUUACAGCACUUUUAAUCUGGUCAACACUUCUUACCAUGAGUUAAAUACAAGGGUAUAUUAUUUGUAACAUGUAAUCACCAGAAUCAAAUUUUCUAAUGAACAAGCCUGAAUUUGCAAGGAAUUAAAAUUUGGAAUAAAAAUAAAUAUCAACACACCCUGCUUGAUGAAAUCCAGAAUUUGACUUUUUAAGCAAGUCUGGCGGGAAUGUGCUAUUGGUGACAUUUGUACUCUAGUUAUAACUAUGUUUAUUCCUUUAUUUUAUUUAUAUUGAUUAAUUAAAGAAAUAUAUUAUAUACAUGGGUCAUGGGUGUGACGUAACAGCCACAGAACUCUCUAAGUGUUCACUUAAACUGUUGGAAGUCUUUUAAGCUAUUAAACAACAACCGUUCGAAUGUCAGUUCUUUAUUGUUCCACGUUCUUUCUAAGUAUAAUUAUAAUCAUGCGUUCAUAUAUACCACUUUUUUGUCUAGCUCGUGACAGUUGUGCAUAUUUAAUUUCUUGUUAUAUACAAAAAGAACGUAUUCUACAGUCAUGAACUGUCCAGCUAAUUGGAUUAAUAGCCAGCGGCUAUCACGACUGUCACCAGCUAAGUACAUCUACAUUUAAUAAUUAUGAUGAAGUAUUUGCUUUUGUUAUAAAUAAACUUUGAAUUCUA